CUGAAUAAUCGUGACUCAUAUUUAGUGAUCCAAACAUAACACUUGGCAUGGAAGUCCAAUUUUAUUAUUGGCACAUCUACCAACCUCAAGAUCAAACCGCCCACCGCGGCCAAUUUCGACGUCCAUGAGCCGCCACGCUUGAAUCGUCACUGUCCAUGUGCACUUCAUUUUAAUAUAGCAACGACCAUCAACCAAACAAUCACAAAAUUCUCACCAUUUGAGUCUUCGCAAUCCACUUUCGGAAAAAUCGUAUCAUACUGGUAAACAUUUUUCGUCCAUUUGCACUCCAAAUCUCAAGCACGCACGUAUUCUGAUUGAAAAGCGCACCAAACCCUAGCCCUAGCAAUUGACAAAAAUGGCAGUGAAGCAACCUGUGAUAAUCACAGACAAGCACGAGAUGAGGCAGUGGUCAAGAUCCAUGAGAGCCCAAGGAAAGACCAUUGGUUUAGUCCCCACCAUGGGUUACCUCCAUGAGGGUCACCUCUCACUCAUCAAAGAAGCCCAUGACCUCACCCAACUCAUUGUGGUUUCAAUCUAUGUCAAUCCAGGUCAAUUCUCUCCCUCUGAAGAUCUUUCCACAUACCCAUCUGAUUUUAAUGGCGAUAUCAAGAAGCUCGUGGCUGUUCCUGGUGGUGUUGAUGUUGUUUUCCACCCCCACAAUUUGUAUGACUAUGGAAACAAUAGCAGCAGCAGGAUUGGUGGUGGUGGUGGGGUAAAGAGAGAAGAGAAGAGAGAGAAAGUGGUGUCCUGCUUGGAGGAAAAGGGAUUGGGGCAUGAAACAUGGGUUAGAGUUGAGAGGUUGGAAAAGGGUAUGUGUGGGAAGAGUAGACCUGUGUUCUUCAGGGGAGUUGCUACUGUUGUUACCAAGCUGUUCAAUAUUGUUGAGCCUGAUGUCGCCAUGUUUGGCAAAAAGGAUUAUCAGCAGUGGCGAAUUAUUUGCCGAAUGGUUCGAGAUCUUGAUUUUGCCAUAGAAGUGAUUGGUUCUGAAAUUGUACGAGAUAAUGAUGGUCUUGCAAUGAGCUCCCGCAACGUGCACCUCUCUCCUGAAGAGAGGGAUAAGGCGUUGUCAAUUAACCGGUCGUUGUUGAAAUCUAAAUGUGCGGCCGAAAAGGGUCAAGUUAACUGUGGAGAUUUGAGAAACUCAGUCAUUCAAGCCAUACAGGAAGCUGGUGGAAGAGUUGAUUAUGCUGAGAUUGUAGAUCAAGAGAGUAUGGAAGCAGUGGAGGAGAUUAGGAGUCCAGUUGUUUUCUGUGUUGCUGCCUGGUUCGGAAAGGUCAGGUUGAUUGACAAUAUGGAAAUCAAUGUAUGAAUGGUACCAUGUGAUCGAGAUCAGUUUCAUGCCCAAUUCUUUUUGUGGUCACAAUUUCGCAUUCAAAUGUCAGAAUCCCUUAGCCACACCCAUAAUCGAAUUGUAUUUGCAAUAGUUGAAUAAAUCCUGUCACAUCCGCUGGUUUCAUCAUUUUAAUAUUUUUAAAUAUAAAAAAAUUAUUACAUUUUUCUACAGCAA